AUGGAUUCGAAAGCAAAAGACGAUGAAAAAACUCUAAACAUGGAUUCCAAAGCAAAAUACGGUAAAGAAGCUCUAGACAUGCUCUUAAAGCUUCAACAGAGAGUUGAUGAAAUCCAUUCUGAGUUGCAAUCUUCGGGAGCAUCCGCAACAACUUCAUCUGAUAUUCAAAACAUCUACAACGAAAUCCAACAACUUCUACAGAUGAUUACUAAGAAGACGCCUCAAGAUCCGAGUAAAGUGUCGUCACAUAUUCGCGACGAUCUUGACAUGGUGUUUGUGUUGGAGGAAGUUGGACACUCGUGCGACUUGUGCCAGAGAGAUCUUGCUAAGGAUCCAGAACGGCCUAAUGCUUCCUUGAGUGGCUUACAAGAGGCGUGCGUGCUGUCUUGUGGUCAUGUCUACCACUUCAAGUGUUUGAGAGGAACCACUCUUGAUAUUGAUAACCAUUCUAAAGAUCCUUCUUGCAUUUUCUGCAUUAGCUGUUAGCUACUCCAACUGAAUCAACCUACACUAUAUCAUCCCAUGUGGAUUCAACUUUAGGUACUUCUACCAUUCAAUGUCUACUAGAUCUACGAGAGAUUUAACAGUUUUGUCUUAACAAUGCCAAUGGAGUUACUUACAAAUACCAGAGAUUUACUCUGAAAUCAAUCAAUUUUCUUUUUACAUC